AACCAAAACCGAACCCUGCUGUGACUAAAAAGAAAGCGCCUUUUGCUUGGGCGAUUUCGAGAUUGACAAUUUUUAAAGACUUUGAAAUGUUUAUUUCAUACUAGAGAAUGCAAAAUUUUUAAGUCUCAUUUUUAAUCUAUUUUUAAUUAUUUAUUGCUUCGAAUAAAUCGUAGAAGAUGGCUUUUACAAUAUUCCAAAAACUAUUGCAACCGAUAAAAUGUUCAAUUACCAAAAACCGUUUCGCCAGCAGUGAAGAGAGCAACUUGGCAAAACUCUCUGCCCCCCAUAAAGUCGACAACUGGGAAAGACAUUUCCUCGUCUGGACAAAGAAAUACAAAUCGCUGGAUGAAGUUCCUGCGUUCGUCAGCCAAGCGGUGAUGGAAAAAACCAGAAAUCGCAUGAGAAUCAGAAUCGCCAACUACAUGAUCGUCGCUACGAUCUUAGGAUGUUGUGCGAUGAUCUAUUUAGGUAAACAAGACGCCAAAGCGGGCAAAAGCGUCACGAAGAUGAACUUGGAGUGGCACAGGCAGAUUAAGGAGGAGGAUGAGAAGGCCAAGGCAGCAGCUGCACAAAAAUAAUUUGUUUAUCAGGGAAAUUUUAGUAAACAUGAAUUCCUGUCCUGGCCAGAAUUCAACAAUAGUAGGCUGUGUAAAGAUUUGCUUGUAUACAGUUAUUUAAUUAUAUAGAAUCAAAUAUAAAUAGUACUUGUAUAUAUUUAUUAAUAAACUAUUUAUUAUCAA